ACUUACAGCGCGUGUCUGGCCCCUCCUCAUCGUGAUCCCGUUAUCAAAACAUCAGCCUCUACUAGAUACAGUAGCUGCUGAGAGCGAAGCAGUGACAGAAAGCAGUCCGGCUGUUUGCAGAGAACACUUGGAUCUGUUCAAUUAUGGACGCUUCGGUAAAAACAGCAGGAAAAUGCACAGAGGCAGCGAGGGGGGAUUUAAAGGAAGGUGAAGUGGCACAGAGCUCCCGCGGCUGUUGCCAGAAAUGUGUCCCUGGAUUCAUUCCGACAGUUUACCGCAAUGAGCUUGUGCAACUUUUCAAACUAGCGGGACCAGUGGUCAUUUCCCAGUUCAUGAUUUUCAUGAUCGGUUUUGUCAGCACGGUGUUCUGUGGUCACCUGGGGAAAACUGAACUUGCAGCUGUAGCAUUAUCAAUUGCGGUAGUUAACGUCACUGGUAUUUCCAUUGGCACCGGUUUGUCAUUAACUUGUGAUACCCUCAUAUCUCAGACGUAUGGGAGCGGUAACUUGAAGCGUGUGGGUGUGAUUCUCCAGAGGGGAGUUCUGAUUCUGCUGCUGGCCUGUUUCCCUUGUUGGGCCAUCCUCAUCAACACUGAGCCUCUCCUACUUGCUGUCAAACAGAGUCCAGAGGUCGCCAGCCUUUCCCAGCUCUAUGUGAAGAUCUUCAUGCCUGCUCUGCCGGCUGCUUUCAUGUACCAGCUGCAGGGGAGGUAUCUUCAAAAUCAGGGAAUUAUAUGUCCUCAAGUUAUAACUGGAGCAAUUGGAAAUGUCUUUAACGCAAUAUUCAACUACGUCCUCAUCCAUCAGCUGGAUUUGGGUGUUGCUGGAUCAGCAGCAGCCAAUGCCAUCUCCCAGUAUUUGCUGGCAGCAGUCUUAUUCAUUUACAUGUACUUGAGAGGUCUGCAUAAGGCUACAUGGGCAGGUUGGUCCCUUGACUGUCUCCAGGAGUGGGGACCCUUUGUCCAGCUGGCUGUCCCCAGCAUGCUCAUGCUCUGUCUGGAGUGGUGGAUGUUUGAAGUGGGAGGAUUCCUGGCCGGUGUGAUCAGUGAGGCCGAGUUGGGAGCUCAGUCAAUAACCUACGAGCUGUCCAUUCUAGCAUACAUGAUUCCACUAGGGUUUGCUAGUGCUGCCAGUGUACGGGUUGGGAAUGCACUUGGUGCAGGAAACAUCGAGCAGGCCAAGCUGUCAAGCAAAGUCCCCAUCAUCUGUGCAUUCAUAAUAGCGUGCUUUGUCAGCGCUAUUUUCUGUGCCUGUAAAAAUGUAAUUGGAUACAUUUUUACUUCAGAGCUUGAUAUUUUGCAGAGGGUUUCUGACAUCAUGUUGGUGUUUGGUUUCUUGCAUCUUGGUGAUGCAAUUGCAGGCGUGACUGGAGGAGUUGUCAGAGGUGUAGGAAAGCAGUCGGUUGGUGCUCUGUGUAACCUGAUCGGGUAUUACUUUAUUGGCUUACCCACUGGCGUGUCCCUGAUGUUUGCAGCCGAAAUGGGAGUUGUAGGAUUUUGGGCAGGCCUUACGGUUUGCGUGUUCGUGCAGUCGAUCUUUUUCAUCACAUUUUUGUGCAAACUCAAUUGGAAGAAGGCUGCUGAAGAGGCUGAAGUGCGAGCGGGAGUCCGCGUCAAAGAAGAAAAAGACACGAUCAAGAUGGGAAAUAGAGACUCUAAUCUCAUCCAGACCCCAAUCAGUACUAUUGCAUCCAGUGGUGAGAGCGCCGAGGUGGACCACGUAUUGAUGGAGAUGCAAAUACCAGAAGAGAGUCAAACCACCAACACCACUACAGUGGGAGAUGUUCUGUCAGUGUCACAGCUGGUGUUACGGCGCGGCCUGGCGAUACUCAUCAUGAUCCUCAUCCUCGCUGCUGGAGUCAUUACCAACACCGUCCUCACUCCACUGCUGAAAUGAUGCAAAGUUGACAGUUGGACAAAAAGCACAAAGUUUAUCUAAGUAAUACAAAUGCACCUUCUUUUGUGGGAGGGUUACUUACACUGUUGAUUCAACAGAGGAACAGCUGUGUGCAGUCUGUGCCCCGUCUUACAGUGUCCGGCCACAGAGAUGAAUUCAAUAAGAUGAAAAGGGCGGAAUAUGUAGUAAACAAAGGACAGCUUUAUUAAGGCCUUUAAUGAAAAUGUGUGUAAAAUGAGGCCACUGUUUGAUAAUGAUAAUCAGUUUGAUGAUAUUUUUACAGUCAAUUUGUAACAUACAGAACCUGCAAAUAAUUUAAUGCACAUUUUAUGAAGCGUCCAGUCCUCUCAUUUCAUUUUAUAUUUUGCUGUAAUACCAUUCACACUGUAGCAGUAUGUAGCAACUUUAAAGAUAUUGUUUGCAUACAGUUAGUCACACUUCUUUUAAACAUCACUGAUAAACCUGUGUAUCCUUGCUUGCAACUGUUGGAGCAGUCCACCUCUUUCCUUCAUGUACAUCUUAGGCAGGGUUAAGACAAGGAAACACAAAAGCACGCUCUCUUCACUGGGACUAGGCCUGCUCUUGUAGGCAAAAAGAAAGCACUGUGCAUCUUUACACACUAUAUAACUUUUUUCUGCUGACCUUUGUCCAGUGUUGGUGCAGGACAGUGAGAUCCAGGCCACAUUUCAGUUUGAGAACAGAAUAUAACAGAACAAAAAACUUUUAUUGUAGGGUGGAACUGGUUCCAGAUUGGGCACUUGGUCUGUUUUGGUGGAAGGAAGAUACUGAUGUUUUAAUACUAAAGUAACAUUCUUUACAGUCUGUAUUUUCAGAAUAAAACUAUGACUGUGGUAUGAAAAGUGGGACGUCUUCCAGUAAUGAUUUAUAGAAAUAUUGUUUAACUGUACUCGUUUUGUCAAUAAAAGGUCGAAGUUACUUGACCAAAACAGAA